CAGCCUUUGCGGAUGACCGACUCGAGAGGGCAAAUGGCUGAGUUCGAGUAGUUUCUGGUUGCUCGGGAAAAAUGUUUCCGCAAGAACGUAAAUAUGAUGUAAUCAUGGAUCUGCGUUAUACGGCGGUGAAGGGAUGAUCAUUGAAAGAUAGGUGUGAUCUAUGUAUACUGUCUCUUCGGCAGUUGCAGUUGUAGCAGGGUCAGUGUUAGCGCAUUCGCUUUCGCAUAAAGAACAAAUUCUAACCAAAUCAAAGGCAAGUCCAAGAUCAAUAUCAAAACCAACAGCAGAAACCCAUUACUUGUUUUUUUCGCUCGUAUGCAACUACCAUCACGUGGCCCUUCAUCUUUCGACGUAACAAGCAAGGCUUAACUUUUUUCGUGUUUCCGAUUUCUUUGACAUCUUGAAUCUUUCCGGUCCAGUGGGCAGGAAAGGCUAGAACAAAAUGACAUCUCUACGACAUGUAUUUGAGAGCACAAGACCAAGACAGAUGAAAAAGAAAUACGCGGAUUUUAUGGAACUUACUGGACAUAUUUUUUAUUUUAG